CGUUAUAACAUAGUCAUUACAGCAUCACAAGUUUAUCUUCAUUCGACUCGUUUCUGCAACUCAGGUUAUUCAGCUCUGCAGGAAACAUCUGAGACUUGUAUAUAAUCUCCAUCUAACUAACCAGGAUUAUGGCUACAGGGUCAUUCAGCUGUACAAGAAUUGUAUCAAAGAGUUCUGUCAUUCUGCCACAAACCAGCAUUAUGUCUACAGGAUCUCAAGAGACAUCACUGACUGUAAAAGAUUUAAUCCAGAAGAGUAAAUUAAUCAGUGAAGGUCCUCCUGCACGAUAUCGUCUCCUCACUACCAGAAGUAAUCUACAAAAUGAUGGCUCAGUGAGAAAAUGGACUUUUGGACAGCGAGACAACACCAUGAAAAACAGAAUUCUACUGAUGGUAGGAGAAACUGGAACAGGCAAAACUACUCUGAUCAAUGCCAUGGUGAAUUAUAUACUCGGGGUGAAGUUUACAGAUGAAGUGUGGUUUGAGAUUACAGAAGAGAGAGAAGAUAAUGACAUGUCAGAUCAGUCACAAACUCAGACAUCUAAAAUCACUAUGUAUGAGGUCUUUGUAGGAGAUAAUCCUCUUACUAUCAUUGACACUCCAGGUUAUGGAGACACCAGAGGAAAAGGACAUGAUAAACAGAUUGCUGGGAAUCUGUACAAACUGUUCCACAGUGAAACUGGAGUGAAAGAAAUUGAUGCAGUGUGUCUGCUAGUAAGUGCCUCUGAAAACCGAUUUACUGACAGACAGCAAUACAUCUUUGAUACAGUUUUGUCCUCUUUUGGUAAAGACAUAGAGAACAACAUUGUCAUUUUUAUCACAUGCUCAGAUGGACUUCCACCAACAAAUGUGAUUAAUGUAAUAAAGAACGCUGGGAUUCCCUGUAGGACAGAUGAAGAAAAUGAACCUGAGUGUUUUUUAUUCAACAAUCGACAAACUGAGAAAAGGAACCUGAAAUAUAACAGCUCUCUACAAACAGAUUGGGAACAAACAGAGACGAGUUUAAAUGAAUUUUUUCCCUCACUGAGAGAACAGAACAGAAAAAGUUUAGAGCAGACUGAAUGUGUUCUGUUUGAGUCCAAACAACUUGAAGGCUGUAUUUCUAAUUUACAAGUGCGUAUUGAGUUUUUAGAGUGCAAAAGUAAAGAACUGGAUCAGAUUCAGAAAGCACUUGAGGAAAACCGAGAAAAGAUAAACGAAAACUUUAAUUUUACAGUCACCAAAAUUUACAAACAAAAAGUUCCCAUUGAAAAUGCUUCAUGGAGGGACGGAAAGGCCACCACUUGUUCUGUCUGUGAGGAGAACUGUCAUGAGUAUAACUGCUGGUUGGCCCCCAAUGCUGGGUGGUGUAAAGUCAUGAGAAAUGACCACUGUACCGUAUGUACAGGUAAAUGUCACUACACUAAACAUGUUCAAGAGAAUAAGAAAUAUGUUACACGCAGUGAGGAGACCACAAUGACAUUUAAUGAUCUUAAAAGUAAAUUAGAAAGCAAAGAUACUUCAGAAUCAGAUAUUAAGUUUGACUCAAAGACCUUUGAUAAUGUCAAAGAAGACAUUGAAAGAAACAAGAAACAGGAAGAAGAGAAUAUAUGCUUAGAGAAGAACCUGAAAGAAGAACUGGCCAGGAAUGAAGAAGAAAAAGCCAAACUGGUGGAAGAAGCCUGUAAGGUCAUCAUGAAACUGUGUGAGAUUGCUUUAAAGCCAGAUUCUGCUUUCAUUGUUCAGUGUCUGGACUUCUUGAUCCCUCGAGCUGAAGAAACUGGAAAAGAAGAUCUUGCUGAAAAACUAACAGAACUGAGAAAAAUUAAACCUGAAUCAGAGAAAAGAGUUCAUGCUGUAAUGGGGUAUGCAGGGUCUUAUUUCUGACAGAUUCGACUAUUAUUGUUAAGUGUCAGGACUUUCUUCAAACUGAGGUUAUUGGAAAAGAUCUUGCUCAGUAUCUAAGUGAGUUGAGGGAAAUUCAACCAGAAUCACAAGAGAGAGCUGAUGCUGUAAAUGAAUCCCAGUUUUGGCAAACAGGAAAAUUUCAGGGGUUUAAAUAUAAACAUGUAACAUAUAAUGAAAUAAGAUUUAUAAAAAUAUGAUCUGAAAAAUAUGAUCCGAAUCAUUUUUUUGGAAUAAUUAAAAUGCAAUAUGUUUAUUAAUUAAUGCUUUUGUUCAAGAUUUAUAAUUUAACUUUGUUUUUGUAAACAGAAAA